GUGAGCCCAGCGCGCUCCGCGGUGCCCAGACCCCGCGCACAGGGCGUCGGGGGCGCGGUCAGCUCGCUGCGCCGGGCCCAAGGCUGCCACCGCCUCCCCCAACGCAAGGCGCAGCAGCUGAGUGAAGCCACAGACGUCCUGGUCUCUUGCCCGUUGUCCUCAUGAGAAAAACCAACAUGUGGUUCUUGGAACGACUUCGGGGGUCUGGGGAGAAUGGAGCCAGCCGCGGUGUGGGUGGCGAGGCUGGGGACAAGGCCUCCAAGGGCCCUCUUUAUAGCAACGUGCUGACUCCGGACAAGAUCCCGGAUUUCUUCAUCCCGCCCAAGCUGCCCUCAGGCCCCACAGAGGCUGAGGGGCAGGCGGACCUGGGCCCAUCCACCUCAGAGCAGAACCUGGCCUCACCUGGGCCCCGCCGAGCACCUCGCAGCCCCCGGCUGCCCGUCAAGUUGGCCUCAGAGAGCAGGAGCCUGUUGAAGGCAGCCACACGACAUGUGAUUCAAAUAGAGAGUGCGGAGGACUGGGCAGCCGAGGAGGCCACUAAUGCCGACCCCCAGGCACAGGGGGCCAUGUCAUUGCCCUCUGUGCCCAAGGCGCAGACAUCCUAUGGCUUUGCCACACUGGCAGAGAGCCCCCACACCAGACGCAAGGAGUCCCUUUUCCACAGUGAGCACGGGGCCCUGGCCCAGGUGGGAUCCCCUGGUGCUGGGCGCCGCCGAGCAGGGGCCAAGUCCAAUGGGGGUGAUGGGGGAUCCCGGGAGGUUGGGGGGGCCCUGAUGAGCCCUAGCCGCUACUUUAGUGGCGGGGAAAGUGACACGGGGUCCUCUGCUGAGUCCUCCCCCUUCGGGUCCCCUCUGCUCUCUCGCUCUGUGUCGCUGCUCAAGGGUUUUGCCCAGGACAGCCAGGCCAAAGUGAGCCAGCUGAAACAGUCUGUGGGGCGCCAUGGCUCCCUGUCUGCCGAUGACAGCACACCAGACACCAGCCCAGGUGUCCGUCGCCGCUUGACCCGCAGGGCAACCCCGGAGCCAGGCCCUGAGUCUGGCCAGGCGCCACGUGGAGAGCACACCGUUCGCAUGGGCACCAGGGGCAGCGUAAGGCUGCUGGCAGAGUACGAGGCGGCUCAGGCCCGCCUGCGUGUGCGCCUGCUGGCGGCUGAGGGUCUGUAUGACCGGCCCUGUGAUGCCCGGAGCAUCAACUGCUGCGUGGGGCUGUGCCUGGUGCCGGGGAAGCUGCAGAAGCAGCGGAGCACCAUCAUCAAAAACAGCCGCCACCCCAUCUUCAAUGAGGACUUCUUCUUUGACGGCCUGGGGCCAGCCAGUGUGCGCAAGCUGGCCCUCAGGAUCAAGGUGGUUAAUAAGGGGAGCAGCCUCAAGCGGGACACACUCCUGGGGGAGGAGGAAUUGCCACUAACCUCCCUGCUGCCCUUUCUGUGAGGCCCUCCUCUUCAUACAGCUCUCAGCGGAGGGGGUGGGAGUGGGCGGAGCUU